AAUCCAGCACAAUGUAUCUGAACAAGUGUCUUUCGUUCCUACUGGUGGGUCUGGUGGUGGUCCAGGCGCUCCCAGCGAGCAAACAGGAGAAGAAAUCGGUAACUGACGAGGCUACGCUGACCACGAAGGGUCUAGAGCUAGAGGAAGUCGGCAGCGACAAGAACAGGGACAAGAAAUCCACUUCAUUCUGCGUGGAGGUCCACCCAGACUCCACAUCAACCCUAACGGAGAAGGCUCAGCUGCAGGUGGCGCCAGUUCAUACUCUGAACUUCGUGCCCCAGGCUCAGAUGGUGCCCCAGAUGCAGACCUACAACAUCCAACCGAUGCAACAACAGGUCCAGGCAAUGAACGUGAUCCAAGGAGCUCAAUUGGUCCCCCAACAAUCCUUCGUGAUGCCCCAACAAGUGGUGUCCCAACAAGUUCUGUCCCACCAGGUGGUACCCCAAACCAUCCAGAUCAUCCAACCGUCCCAACCUUGCUCCCAGAGCAACGUGGAAGUCAUCGAACAGAAACCAGCGCCCACCCCAGCGCCCACUCCAGCCCCAAAACCCAAGGAAGUCAUCGUGGAACCAGUCCAGGAAACUAAGCAAAACGAGAAGAUAAUCGUACCCCAAAUGGAACGGUUCGAGACUUUCAACAUAGUUCCCGUGGCACCUGCCUGCAAGGAGGAGCUGGUCGUUGUGCCCCAGAAGCCUCUUGUUGUUGUGCCAGAACCGACCGUAGUUAAGGUGCCCAACUGCUCGCAUGGAUCCCAUCAGGGGAUGGUCACCCAGUGCAACUGCAGACAGCAGGCUGUCUCUGGUUUGAGGACCAAUGGCAUGGCGGUCGAUCCAUUGAUGGCGAUGAGGGCGCGAGCUUUCAAUGGGCCCUAUUCUGGGAGGAUGAUGGUCCCCGAGUACCAUGUUGCUAGGCACUUCUAAGUGGUCCGAAGAUGGUGUGAUUCAGUCGAUUCAAUGACCCCAUUGUGACACCAUCGGGAUCAACAUUAGAAAUGCAGAAAGUUGAAAUAAAAAUUAAUA